UACAUUUUGGUAUAUAAGAGUCGUCACAUGGUCUUCGCGCGUAUUAUAACAUAUCGGGUCCCCAGUGCCGAAAUGAAGGUAUUGGUGGUGUGGCUGGUCUGUGCUGUGGCUGGCAAAGCUGCGGGAGGGUCGGCCUGGUCCGAUGGUAGCAAGGCAACUUCACAACAAACUGUCACGAGGGCCACUUCGGGCCGACAACUUGUGACAAGAUUAAUACCAGCAAAAACAAAGAUCUCCGCAUUCUCGACGAGGCAGUUCAUUAACGCUAUACCCAUUUCCGGUUAUCCAGGAUUUCAGACACAAUUUGCAUUCCAACCUCAAAUAAAUCCCUUUAAUCCAUUCCAACAGACGUUCUUCCCUCUAGAUAGUGCUGGUCUCUAUCCAGGAGGUGCACCAAUAUACUCGGAUGGCAGUUCAUUUUUCCCUGGAGGAGGAUCGUACUUCCCCGGCAGUAGCCCCAUAUUCCCAGCAGGAGGUCCAUUUUAUCCUCCAGGCAGCAUCUUAUACCCUCCAUCUGCACCCAUUGCACCAAUAUCGCCAAUCGCACCUCCCAGCAUACCAACACAGCCAGUGGCUGAUUAUCCCAGUUACCCUACUGGACAACAAGAUGUAGAUUCAGAUACAACAGUGGUCGAUUCUGCUGAAUUCCCGCCAGAAAAACAACAGACGGAAAUACAACCAGCAGAAGAUAGGCCUACAAGUCCUCAGCUACCGCCACCGAGUACGUUCCCUAGUUUUCCCCAAAUACCUUUACUGCCAGGUGGUGCGCAACUAUUUCCAGGAGCUCCUCAAGGCAUUGGAGGUUCUGCUACUUACCCGCUGGCACCACCGGGUUCUGAUCAAACUAGCAGCGAUUCUCAGCAAACUUUCCCACAAGUCCCUGACACACCUCAAAACCCUCAAGGAACUGCUCCAACCGUCCCUGUUAAUCCUAUUUUUUCACAACCCCCUUCUCAGUCACCGCCAACGAAUUUUCCUUCGGCUGAUAGCAACGAUCAGGGUUUGAAUGAUGAAGACACAAUAUCGGUAGAGUCUGCGUAGUAAUAAUUACAAAUACAAUUAAAUUAAUUUUAUAUUAGUAUCCUUAAAUAUGUUCCUCUUGAUAAUUUUGUAAAUCGUAUUGCAUACAAUAAAGGUGUUAUAAAAUAUGAA